CAAAAAGAUGUAUAAAAUAUGUCCAUUAAGUUAUUCAAACUCUUUUCUUUUUCAAACUGGACACUAUAUAACCAUUGUUGAAGGACGAAGAACUCACAAGUUUUAAACAAGACACGCAUCUAAUUCAUUUUGAUAUCAUAGUUACGAUAUUAAAAUUGUUGAAAAAAUGGUGAAGUUGGCAUUCGGUGAUUUGGGUGAUUCAUUUAGUGCCACCUCACUCAAGUCUUAUUUGGCAGAAUUCAUAGCUACACUUCUUUUUGUAUUUGCGGGUGUUGGAUCAGCUGUCGCUUAUGGUAAGCUCACAGCGGAUGCAGCGUUAGACCCCGCUGGUCUAGUAGCUAUCGCUGUGGCUCAUGGUCUUGCAUUAUUUGUUGGAGUCUCAAUGGCCGCCAACAUUUCAGGGGGACAUUUGAAUCCAGUUGUCACUUUCGGAUUGGCAAUUGGUGGCAACAUCACUAUCCUAACCGGCUUGUUUUAUUGGAUUGCCCAAUUGCUCGGCGCCACUGCUGCUUCAUUCCUUCUCCAAUUUGUCACCGGUGGAUUGGCUGUACCAACCCAUGGAGUUGCAGAUGGCAUGAGUGCUAUUCAAGGAGUGGUGUUUGAGAUUAUCAUAACUUUUGCUCUAGUCUACACAGUUUAUGCGACUGCAGCUGACCCCAAAAAGGGCUCACUCGGAACCAUUGCACCUCUGGCAAUUGGAUUCAUCGUUGGAGCUAACAUCUUGGCCGCUGGUCCUUUCAGUGGUGGUUCAAUGAACCCUGCUCGAUCUUUUGGCCCUGCCGUGGCUAGCGGAGACUUCUCACAAAUCUGGAUAUACUGGGUUGGACCACUUAUUGGUGGUGGUCUAGCUGGGCUUAUCUAUGGUGAUGUGUUUAUUGGAUCAUAUUCUUCACUCCCUGCCUCAGAAGACUAUGCUUAAAAGGUUUCAAAUCAAUAGUCUUUUUCUGUCGAUUGUAUUUCUUGUUUCUUUCAAGGUUGAAAGUGUGAUAUCCUCUUUGUUCAGGGGAUCAUUUUGAGAACUAUGGAAGGUAAAGGUUCAAUCUGAUGAGAUACUGAUAUAUCUCUGUCAUAUUUGAACACCUCAUAAUCUCAAAUUGGUGCUUUUAUCUUUCUUUGGAAAACUAAUUUGAGUAACUAGAAAUGAAAACAAGUUAAACACAUGCAACUAUGCAAGUAAUUCAAAUUGUAUUCAAAAUGCAUAAAACUUUUUAUGUUGAUGUAUGUAUAAGAUUAUUAAUGUAAUAAUAAUAUUGCUUUA